CGCGCCGAACCCUCCCACUGGCGACCGGCAACUGAACUACCGAGCCACUAGUGCUGUGUGAACCGCGGACAGUGCACCGCCGAAACAUGUGAACCUAUGGAUUGCCACCGACUUGUUACAACUUUAUUAUAAUUGACUUACACUUACAAUAAUUGCCAAACGUGACAUGACAAUACGUGGGCAGGGUAGGACACGUAGGCGGAUGGCGUGGGUGCGGCGUGGUGCAGCGUGCGGUACUGAGAGGCGGCCCGCGCUGUCCUAAGCAGCCGCCAUGGUGGCCGCCGUCGUCACGGUGGCGCUCAUCGCAGCGUUCACAGCCGCCGCCGGAGGAGGCCGCGUGGCCGCACCCCGCGAGCGGCUGCGUCGCGUCGGGAGGUCGUCUAUAGUGGCGGUAGAGACGGACCAGGAGGGCGGCGCGGCGGGCGCGGCGGGCGCGGGGGGCGCGGCCACCGAGGCGGGCGGCGCGGACGAGGUGGACGUGGCGCAGAUGGCGGAGAUGGCGGAGAUCGCGGAGAUGGCGGAGGUGCCGGCGUGGCGCGACCUGUGGUACGGCUCGCUGGACGCGCUGCACGUGCUGCGCGAGCCCACCAUCAACAACACGCAGGAGGACGUGCUGGCGCAGCUCGGCGCCGUCGCCUUCCUGCACUGCCCCGUGCGGAAUCUCGGGGAGAGAGGGGUGUCGUGGGUGCGGCGCCGAGACUGGCACAUCAUCAGCUCCGGUGUGCUCAUGUACACUAACGACGAGCGCUUUCAAGUGCUGCACAGCGAGGGUUCCGACGACUGGAUCCUGCAGAUAAAGUACGUGCAGAAGAGGGACAACGGCACCUACGAGUGUCAGGUGUCGACGGGGUCUGGCACGCUGUCGCGGCUGGUGCACCUGCACAUCGCGGUGCCGGAGGCGUUCAUUUUAAUAAACUAUGCGCGCGGCGUCACCGUCGUCAAUCUAGCAGGGCCCAAGACGCAGUGCAAGGGUGACAAGAUGGCGGCGACCCUGAGCCGCAACACGAACGCGGCGCGCGCCCGGUCCGCGUCCGCCGCGGGCGCCGCGCUGCGCCUGCUGGCCGCCGCGCUCGCGGUCGCGCUCCGCUCCUGA